AUGGCUCACUCCUCUGACUACCACAACCAGAGGGAGAUGACCAACGGGGCCCACAAUGGGGGCCAUGGGGGCCAGGCUGGGGGGUCCCACUCGACAAACCGCUACAUGCAGAAGAAGCAUCACCGCCACAGGGGAGGCAGGUCCUCACCCAUGGGCAGAGUCAUCCUCAUCAACUCUCCUGUCGAUGGUGGGGAUGACUGUGAAGACCUCCACACAGUUACAGUAGAUAAGAGUGCAGACGGCUGUCUGGGCUUCAGUGUGAGAGGGGGUUCAGAACACGGACUCAGCAUCUUCGUCAGCAAGAUAGAGGAUGACAGCUCUUCAGAGCAGGCAGGUCUCUGUGUAGGGGACAAGCUGGUAGAGGUGAAUGGUAUCAGCCUGGAGAGCAUCACUAUGAGCAGUGCUGUGAAGGUCCUAACAGGGAACAACAGGCUGAGGAUGGUGGUGAGACGUGUGGGGAAAGUCCCUGGUAUACGCUACUCUAAGGAGAAGACUACAUGGGUGGAUCUGAUCCAGAGGCGUAUGGUAGUAGAGGAGAGUGGUCGUACUCCGUCAGAUGCCAGUUCAGACAGUGUUCUCCGUAGGAUGGUUCACCUCUACACCACCUCAGACGACUACUGCCUGGGAUUCAACAUCAGAGGGGGCAAAGAGUUCGGACUGGGCAUCUACGUCUCUAAGUUGGACCCUGGGGGUCUGGCGGAGCGGCACGGCAUCAAGAUGGGCGACCAGAUCCUGGCGGCCAAUGGGGUGAGCUUUGAUGGCAUCACCCAUAGCAAUGCCGUGGAAGUUCUGAAGAGCCACACCCACAUCAUGCUGACCAUCAGGGAGGCAGGAAGAUACCCUGCAUACAAAGAGAUGGUGGCUGAAUACAGCUGGCUCAGCAAAAUGGCCAAUGGCGGGCCUCCAUCCUCCUCCCAGGGCUCUGACUCCUACUCCUCGGCCUCCUCCCUGUCUUCCACCCCCCUCAGCUCCCUUAGUGGUCUCUCCCAAGUCCUCUUCCCCCCCACCUUCGGCUCCGACAUGGUGGACGUCUGCAUCUCCACCGAUGACAAGUCCCGCCGCCCCAGCAGCUCCGAACGCACCACAGAGACUGCCAUGCAGACUGACCUACACCCCCCCCCGGACUCUAACGCACCCCCCUCGCCUCUUGGAAGGCUAGUCGCCAUGGAAACAAGCCGGACGCUAGGCGCCACUGUGUUUUUGAAGGACACAGCGAUUCGGGGGAAAGGGGAGGGUCCUGUGGAAAGGGGAGGGGCUGGUGAUGGGGGAAGGGGCAAAGGGGGGAUGUUGUCACAAGGGGAACAGGACGUGGCGCAGGACUCCCCAAAAACGGCUGUGCUUAUGGCCCUGAGCAGACCGAGAAAGCCCAUCAGACGAUCCCAGAGCCAUAUCACAGUUACAGAACUAUGGUGGAUGCUUAACCAGGCCAGCUGUCUAUGUGGUGCAUUAACCUUGAUCUCUAUCCAUGCUGCUCCCUCAGAGGACAAGCAGAAGAAGAAGAAGCAGGGAAAGGAGAAGAGUGCAGGAGAGAGAGAGGGCAGCAAGACCCUGCAGCGCUCCAAGACCUUCGUUAGCCUCCUUUUCAGGAGAGACCGCAGGAGAGACAUAUCCAGGAACAAGAGAGAGAGAGACACAUCAAGGGACAGUAGAGACACAGGGACAGGGGACUCCCACAGGGGGCGAUCUAAAUCACCUUCCCACCCUGACUCCCCAGAUAAGGAGAGGGGUCAUCCGUUCCAGCUGCUGACCUCUCCAAGGGAGACCCGUGCUGGGGUGAAGGACAGCAGCCCCCUGCCUCACCCUGAGACCCUGGGACAGGUGGAGGACAUGGCCAGGAAACUGCUCAGUCAGGACGAGGUCACUGCAGUCAUGAGACACUGCAAGCGGUUUAUGUCGGAGUGUGUGGUGCAGGAUCUAGUACACCCUCUACUGGCCAUACUGGACCGACCUGAGAAACUACUACUUAUACGAGAGAUCAGGAUGCUGAUCCCUCCUACAGAGCUGGGUUGUUUUGACAGUAUUGUCAUGCCCUUUGAACUGGAGGCCUACGACAUACUGAAGAGCCGCUCAUUGAGGUCUCCUGCCCUGCGCUCUCCUCGCAGUGGAACCCCUCGACGACACCUCAUCACCCCCAUACCAGACUACCAUGGUGGUUUCCAGCUUCAGACAGCCCAGGACUUGGGGAGAGAUCGUCAGCUGAUGGAAGACCUAGAGAGGCUACGUGUGUCUGGCCUCCAGGGUGGUCUCCUGCCCCCUUCUCGCGUUUUCACCCCCCUCCUAGACGUCCCCGUGGACAGCUACACCCACCACAACCCCCGCUCACGCUCUCCGAGCCCCUCACCCCCCAACUGGCUCCUCACAGAGUCCACACACACUACCAGACACCAACCCCAAACCAACCACUCUCCCCAUAGGCGAGACAAUGGUUUGUCCCGGCCCCAACACUAUGAUGAGACCUCAUUGCUGUCGGAAGAUACCACUGCGGAGCGGGGGCGGUCGCCGGUGAGGAACAAACAUAAUGGAAGGGUCAGGAUGGACCAAUGGGAGAGCAGCACUGAGAGGAGGGGAGGGAUGGCCGAGGGGUACAUGGAGGUGAGAGUACACGUACCCCCCAGGAACAUUCAACCCGCCCUGGCUCAGGUGCUUGAGCCCCCCCUGCGGGACCGAAGAUGGUCGCAGAAUGGUCAUCAUGGAAAUGCAUCACCUGUACCCGUUCAGGAGUAUGAGAUCACCACGGUGACCAUCUCCAAGACGAAACAGUCUCUGGGUAUCAGUAUCUCAGGGGGGAUGGAGUCCAAGGUGCAGCCUGUGAUCAAGAUAGAGAAGAUCUUUCCAGGAGGAGCUGCCUCUACCAGUGACGUUCUGAAGGCUGGGUAUGAGUUGGUGUCGGUGGAUGGUGAGUCUCUGCAGCGUGUGACCCAUCUGCAUGCGGUGGACGUGAUUCGCCGGGCGUUCAGCAACAAGGCCAAAGACUCCAUGGUGUUCAUCGUCAAGGUCCCCAAGGGGCCCUAGGAACCCCAAGAGCCCUGCUGACUAGCCCACUGUCAGGCUUACAGAAGUACUACACCCAC